GUUUUACAAGGAAGUCACGCGCCAGGAUAUAAAAACGAGGCUCGCUUCAGAUGUUAUUAUCCCCUUCAGUUAGCUGAUCUUUGAGGUCAGAAGAUGUACGCCGAGGGUCACCCGUCGGUCUUGUUUUUAUCCGUGUUAGCCGUCUUCUGGCUUGGCUCUUGGGCUCAUUAUGCCCCCGACGAGGUGAGCAAUCUCCCCGGUAUGACUUUCAAACCCAACUUCCGUCAGUGGUCGGGACACGUCCAGGCCAGACCCGGCAAAUUUCUGCAUUAUUGGUUUGUGACCUCUCAGAGGGACCCGGUCAAAGACCCGCUGGUAUUGUGGCUCAACGGCGGCCCAGGCUGCAGCUCGCUGGAUGGAUUCCUGUCUGAGAACGGACCCUUCCAUGUAAGAGAUGAUGGAGCCACUUUGUACGAGAACACUUUCAGCUGGAACAAGAUCGCAAACGUUCUAUAUUUAGAAUCUCCCGCAGGAGUCGGCUACUCCUACUCCAAUGACGGUGACUACACAACGGAUGAUGAUCAGGUUGCCGAGGACAAUUACAAAGCGCUGCAGAGUUUUUUUGCCAAGUUUCCGAGCUUCACUCGGAAUGACUUUUUCAUCGUUGGAGAAAGUUAUGGUGGAAUUUACGUGCCAACCCUCAGUUUACGCAUUGCUACAGGAGAUGACAAAAUCAAAUUUAAGGGAUUUGCUGUGGGAAACGGUCUCAGCAGCUUUGCACUCAAUGACCAGACUUUAAUCUAUUUUGCCUACUACCACGGCCUCUUUGGAGAAGACUUGUGGCGUGAUCUCAACCUUUAUUGCUGCGAGAAGCAAAGAUGUGACUUCUCCAACUCCACUUCGCAGAAAUGCCAGACGCUGGUCGGCGUGGCCUUUAAUAUCGUGUACAACAGUGGGCUUAACGAGUAUGCGCUUUACUUGAACUGUGAGGGUCGCGGUGGUUUCCACCCAGCCUACGAGAGGGCAAUGAGUCACCUGUUCAAGAACUACCGCAAACGUAGCAACAAUCUUUCAGAUGGGCCGUCAUUCUCCAUCUCUCUGGGCAAGGUCCCCCCCUGCAUUAAUAGCACGGCUCAAGUCAACUGGCUCAACAGGGGCGAUGUCAGGAAAGCCUUGCAUAUUCCGGACACGCUGCCACCAUGGGACUUGUGCAGUGAGACUGUCGGGCAGGGUUACACCAGCCUGUACGCAUCAGUGAAAGAUGUGUAUCUUAAGUUGCUUUCGUUUGGCCUUCGAGCACUCGUCUACAACGGGGACACGGACAUGGCCUGCAACUUCCUGGGAGAUCAGUGGUUUGUGGAAGACCUUGGCAUAGAGGCCACCACUAGGUAUCAACCCUGGCACCUUGACAACCAGGUCGCAGGAUUCUACCAGCAGUAUGGAAACGUUACCUUCCUGACAGUGAAGGGUGCAGGUCACAUGGUGCCACAGUGGGCUCCAGGUCCAGCUCUUCACAUGUUCCAGUCCUUCAUAACAAAUGGCUCCUACUGAAUCGUGGAUACUGUGCUUAGGUUAAUGUGCAUUCAUUAACAUAUAUAGUAUUUUUUUUUUUAAAUCAGGGAUUUGGGAUUUUGAGGGAAAAGACAGUUUGGAAUUCAUUUUGCUCCUUUUACUUGUCCAAGAGAGCACACUUCAGUGUCUGAGCUUAAUUGUAAAGAAAACUUAAAUGACCUUUUCCACUUUGUUCAGUUUUGGCACAGUGCAAAAAAAAUGUUCUCUCAAUGACAUUGUUUGCCGAAAUGAAUCACAACAUUGCAAUCAGUUUGCACUUGUCACUUAUGCCAGGUGACUUCAAUAAUGAAGUUGAAUUCAUUAAAACUGCAUUUUUAAUAAAAGAUGUUGGAAAUGUA